UUGGACUGUGGUUGACUGGAGAGGAAGAGGAGAGGGAGGCCGGGCGAAACCAUUCAGCCAAUACUCCGACUUAAAUAUAUAUAAAAAAUAAUUAGCUUUAAUGGUUUAAUGAUUCAAAUUUCAAAGAGGAUUAUGGGCGUGUAUCUGAAUUAGAUGGUGCGGUUACAAAUCCGGGUAAUUUUGGGUUGGAUUAGCCUCUAACCACGCGGUCAUCGGCGCUGAAUCCCCCCGCAUCCCUGAGAGUAAACAGCCAAACAGGCAGCCAGGAUGCGGAGAUGAUUUCUGGUGACGCUGCGAUGGAUACCAGCGAAAAUACCCAAAUUAAAACAAUAAUGAGGAUCCGAUUUGAUUACAGGUUGGCUUAGUCGCUUUUUAUCGCCUUUUCAAACAUCGUUUGGACAUGGUUUUCCUGCGGAGGCUUGUGCAGCUGAUGCUGCUGUUGAUCCAGAGCGGAUGGUCGGGGGUCGCGCCGAGCCCCACCGAUGAGGGAGCACUCAGGGCCGGCCACGGGGAGCACGGAGAGCCGGGGCACCAGGAGCCUCACAAAGACUCCUACAGCACCUUCGCCUCUGAGUUCCUGGAGUCCAGAUAUCUGUCCGAUGACGGUUACCCCUUCCCCACGGCCCCACCAGUGGAUCCCUUCGCCAAGAUCAAAGUCAGUGACUGUGGAGUAACCAAAGGCUGCAUAAGAUAUGGGAAGCCAGGGUGUGAUGCAGAGACGUGUGACUACUUUCUGAGUUAUCGUCGCAUCGGGACAGAUGUGGAGUAUGAGAUGAGCGCAGACACAGACGGCUGGGUGGCUGUAGGUUUCUCCUCUGACAAGAAAAUGGGAGGAGAUGAUGUCAUGGGCUGUGUCCAUGAUGAUAACGGACGCGUGCGGAUACAUCACUUCUACAACGUCGGCCAGUGGGCCAAGGAAAUAAAGAGGAACCCGGCUAGAGAUGAAGAGGGUAUUUUUGAGAACAACCGGGUGACCUGCCGUUUCAAACGGCCAUUAUAUGUCCCCAGAGAGGAAUCGCUUGUGGACUUACAUCUGUCAUGGUAUUACCUGUUUGCAUGGGGGCCUGCAAUACAAGGUUCCAUCACGAGGCAUGACAUCGACAGUCCGCCAGUCAGCGACCACAUGAUCAGCAUCUAUAAGUAUGAGGACAUCUUCAUGCCUUCUACAGCCUACCAGACCUUCAACUCUCCGCUGUGCUUACUGCUCAUAGUAGCCCUCACCUUCUACUUACUAAUGGGAACGCCAUAAUGAAGCACAGCUGAGUACAUAGUGGAAAAAACAGGGAAGAGAAGAUGAAGCAGCAAUAAAACGUAGUUGCCAUUUUUUGUCUGAUGCCACAUUCAAGUGUGCACUUUGCACAAAAAGACACUGUAUUAGAUAUAUUAAACACAAUAGAGAGUAUAUAUUCAUUACUCUGAACUCAUACAGAGCAUCUUGACAAAGUAUUAAAUCUAUAUUAUAGAGGUACCAUGUACUGGUGUCAGUACAAAACAAGAGGUCUGAUAAAAGAGUAGCGUUAUAGUAUAAAUAGGCCACUUAUUUUCAGUGUUUAUGAUAGCUUCCAAGUAUUUAACAAAUAUGAGGACUACACAUGCCAGUAAAUAAAUCUCACAAGUCUUCGAAAAUCCUG